CCAAAACCCAGUCAUGCCAAGGUAGCACAAAAUACGUUGGACACGCCUGUUGGUAACUGAUAUAUGACUCGUUUUUCUUCACUUCACAACGAGGCCUCGGAAAAGAACCAACGCAUUGUCAAUUCUCAUCCAUAUCUGCUAGUAAAAUGGCUACUCAGCCUCAAGCCGUGCCACUCUGGCUUGACUGCGACCCCGGCCAUGAUGACGCGUUUGCGAUUCUCUUGGCUGCCUAUCACCCCAUGAUCAAGUUGCUAGGCAUCUCGACCGUGUUUGGGAACGCAUCGCUGGAGAAAACCACGUACAACGCCACCUCCAUACUCACUGCCAUCGGCAAGUAUGAUCAGGUCGCCGUCUACCCCGGCGCCGCCAAGGCCUCGGUCAGGCCGCCGCUGCACGCGCCGACCGACAUCCACGGCGAGUCGGGCAUCGACGGCACCGACCUGCUGCCGGAGCCCCUCCGCGGGCCCGACAGGUCCGUCGCCGCCGUCGACGCCAUGGCCGCCGCCCUCCUGGCCCAGGCCCCGGGCACCGCCUGGAUCAUCGCCACGGGCACCGUCACCAACGUGGCCGAGGCCAUCGCCAAGUACCCCCAGCUGGUCGGCCACAUCGCCGGGCUUUCCAUCAUGGGCGGCGCCGUUGGGGACAACUUCACCUCCGCCGUCAUGGGCCAGGUCGACGGCGUCGCUCGCAUCGGCAACUGGACCCAAUGGGCUGAGUUCAACAUCCUGGUCGACCCGGAGGCCGCCGACUCCAUCUUCAGGAACGAGGCGCUGGCCAAGAAGACCACCAUAAUUCCCCUCGACAUCACACACCUCGUCCUGGCGACCAAGGACGUCCAGGACCUACUUCUCUAUGGCUCCGGGGCCACACCGACCGCCGGCGGCAAGCCCAAGACGACGCUCCGUCUGAUGCUCGUCCAGCUGCUCAACUUCUUUGCCGAAACCUACAGAACCGUCUUUGGCAUCGAUCAGGGACCUCCUCUGCACGACCCUGUCGCGGUGGCCGUCGCGCUGCAGGGCCUGGCGGGCGGCCACGAUAUCCCAUUCUACGACUACGACGUCAGGGCCGAGGCCGCCUCGUCGUCGUCGCCCUCCCCGAGGCGGCGCGAGCGCUUCGCCGUGACGGUCAACACCGAGGGCACGCACGAGGAGGCCAAGGCGGGGGCGCACACGGGCCGCACGGCCGCCACGCUCCUCCCCGAGGGCGCCGAGGGCGUCACCAUACCUAGGGGCCUGGACAUCCCCAAGUUCUGGACGGUGAUGGAGGAGUGCCUCCAGAGGGCGGACGAUGCCAACGCGGCCGCGGGCCGUGGGCCGUGAAAGGAACCCACCACGCCUUGCCGUGGGGAGGCGAUGCCAAGCGCCGCGCUGGUGAGGGGGCCGGGCCUGUUUCUGUCUAUCAUUUUGCCAUUGGCACUCUACCUCGCUCCAAGUUCAUCUAGAUAUGCACCUUACAUAGACCAUAGACUACAUGGGAACUUGAGAGAUGCGCUUUUCGAUGUCCG